AUGUGGACUGCACGUACAGCCCUUCUGACGGGUCUUGUCAUCUCACUUCUUGGAGCCUUCUACGUCUAUCAGUCCCCUACGCCGCUCGAUUUUAGCAUGCCUCAUUCAAUGUCCAAUCGCACCAGCAUGCCCGAUUUAAAGCUCACAAUAAACCAAACCUCACGCUCCCCACCAGCCCUGCUCAUUACACUCAAAAAUAUGAGCCCAGAAGUCCCCUACACAAUCUUGAAAUGGAACACACCACUGGACUCUUCCGCACUCAACACUGGUAUUUUCACCGUCAUCGAUGCCGAUAGUGGAGAAGAGGUCAAUCAAACCGUCUUGCAAAUCAAUCGCAAAAUGCCUCCUCCGCAAGAGUCACUCGUCACGCUUGCACCAGGCACGGAAGAAGAGGUUGAGGUAGUCUUUGAUAAGCCGUGGAUGCCUAAGCGCAAGCCAGCCAAGUACAAGGUUCAGGCCAAGGGUGUGUGGAAUGGUGUUUGGGGAAAGUACGGAGAUGAAGUGACCAAGGAAGAUUUGUAUGCUUAUCUCGAGAGUCCUUUUAGUGGAUGGCGGUUUGCAACGAAUGAGGUUCUUAUGGAAUUGCAUUAA